AUGUUGUUUCGAACUGGUCACGUGAAACAAGAAUUGUUGCCUCGUGUGUUUGCAGAUACGGGUUCGUUGUUGUCGCAUCAGCAGGAAACGACGUCAGAUGGGAACUCGGAGCACAACUCGUCCGGCGACGAAGACUCGCAGGUUCGAUUGAGGCUAAAACGGAAGUUGCAACGCAAUCGAACGUCCUUCUCCAACGAACAGAUCGACAGCCUCGAGAAAGGUUAGUAUCUCAUUGUUCGAGAACGUAUCGAAGCAUUUUUCGAAUGUUUAGUGACACUUGAAUGUUUCUAAUACGUUGAGUGCCGAUGUGAUCGACAGAGUGAUCCUCCUGUUCAGGCCCUCAGUGAUCGACGAAGCAAAUUUCAUAUAUUAAAAAUUGAAGAACUUUAAGAUUACAGGAAAGAUAUUUAUUGUGUAAACAGCAUAAUAAUUUUAAUGGGUUUUAUUAUAGCUUUCGUAGUCACGUUUCUUCCCAGUAUUUUCUUCGAUAAUUUUCUCAGAAAAUUUUCUAACUUGGCAUGCUGGGAUGUGUAUAAUCGUACUGUGAUCUUGCAUUCUGCUGUGUUAUCGAAAAACUGUAUCGAACGGAAAAGUAAACAAAGUACGCGCUUAACGCGUCAACUAGAAUAUAGAUAAAAAUCGUUAAAUUUUAUUUCUCAGAAUAAAAUCUCGAUGCUGUAA